AUGGCGCCUCGUCGAUCCACGGCGAGGACGUUAAGUGCGACGCCUGUACGUGCAACUUCACCGGCAAAACGCUCGACUCGUGCGGGCAGUGCCAUCGCCACCGAGGAUGUCAUCUCGCGGCGAGUCACUCGAGGAACUUCUCAACAACCAAGCCUAGCAGAUGGUAAUGUCAACAACCCGAGACUCCCUGAAGUGCAAAUUCAGCAGUCUUAUGCCUAUGGAUCUAGCAAAACUCCCGUGCUACCCACCCAGUUGGUCGCGCGCAGGAGGAUGAACUUGCGGGAAAUGGCCGAAACCAUCGACGCAGGAGUCGAACAAGCGCAGCAACAUCUUCAAAACCAUAUCGAAGAGACUCAUGCAAAUCUGCAGAAGGAUUCUCGGGCCGAAAGGGCUUGGCGAAGAGCUUCCCGCGAACCUUCUCAGGAUGCCUCCGUGGCUAGCGAUGAGCAACAGCGGAGUCAACGGGUAGCAGCAUGGGCCAGCUCUUUGGAUGAUAACAGCCGAAAUGGGAUACCGGAAGAAGGUCAAGAAGCGGGAGAAAGAGAAGAAGAUGAUGAAGGCGAAGGCGAAGAGAGCGUGGCUCGGAGCACCCCUGACAAUGAUACCGACAAGGAAACAGACCCCUCCAGCUUCCCCAGCGGGAUAUUCGAUCACAGUUACAAUUACGAGCGGGGGAUCCGAAAACCAAACGUCACAAUUCGAGAACGGCAAGACUCAUGGGUUCAAAAAGCGUGGAACAGCAGCAAAGAUGCUGUCCAGCAAAUCCGACAGAGCUCAUCAAAUAUCUUGUUUUCGAUAUCAGACUGGUCCACACGAUUAUUGCGGGUCAGUGGUAGAGCAAUCCGAGACUUCCCAAAUUCGCCUCUUGUUCCCAUCAUGACCAGCAUUGUUUUCGCUUUGCUUUUCAUCGGCGGAGCAAGCCUUCUGUUAUGUUACACCUACACUAAUUUUAUUUGCGAACCUCUAUCAACUUCUCCUGUUGGCCUGACUCUUCAGAAAUACUGCGGAACAUGCACACGGAGCCCGAGCGCGGCGACUCUCAAUCUCACAGUCGGCAAUGGAAAUGACCUGUCCAAACUCACAUCGGCAAUCAACAACAUCAACCAACAACUUCGGAUCCUCGAAACACGAUUAACCGAAAAAAUCGAGACACAAUAUGCAGCGAUUGAUAAUGACGUUGAAGCCCUCAAAAGACAACAUUCAGAGUUGUCAAGUCACAUAGCAGGAUUGAAAAAGGGGGUUGGAUCGAGAACCUUGUCUGGCGAUGUUGCCUCUCCGGUCAUUCCCAAAGUCAACUAUUUCUCACCCAAUAACGGAGCCAUGGUUGAGCCGCGACUAACUUCGCCAACUAUGCAAAAGCCGCUGACACUUGCGCGCCGAGUGCUGUUGCGAAUGCUUUUGUCGACGCGGUAUGUGACCCGGCCACCAAUUACAGCUCUCACUCCAUGGCAAGAUGCGGGAGAUUGUUGGUGCGCCUCAGCUGUGCCCGGUGACAACCAAGAACAAGGACAUGAGACGCUGAGACUAGGCGUGAGAGUGAUAGAAAUGAUCUAUCCCACCGAAGUGGUGAUUGAAAACUACCCCAGCGCUGGUUCUAUGUUGCCAGGGUCAACUCCCAAAACCAUCGAACUGUGGGCCGACUUUGAACAGCUGGACAGUCUCGAGUGGGAGAAGCUCAAUAUCAGGUCGAUGCAAGGCGUGACGGGAAAUCCCUUUGGACCAACCUACGCACUGCUCGGCAAGAUGGAAUACGACGCGUCGAGCGAAGCGAGUCAUGUCCAGUCAUUUCCACUGGACGUGAACCAAGGCUCGUUGGCGUACGGGGCGCAAAAUUUCGUGGUGAGGGUGAUUGGGAACUACGGCGCGGAGUUUACUUGUUUGUAUAGGGUUAGGUUGCACGGCGUUCCGGUUUUUGGGCGCGAACAGGGAGACUCAUGA